UGCGCAUUCAGUCAGUCGCGGACAAACGCUCUCAUGGCUUCUGUGUAAUGUAUACCCGCCGCUGAGAGAGAGAGAGAGAGAGAAGCAGAAUAAGAAAGAUAAUAAUUUCAGAUACGCUGGGAUAAUAGGAGGCAGUUUUCUACACACUGCAAAGUAGUCUUCUGAAAGAAAUAAAGUUGUUCUCCACCCGUGCAUGUUAAAUCGGGGAGUACAUUAGAGCCGUGAGGCGGCUACAACUUCUGAGUCUCAAAGCAACACCAACAAGAAGGCAUGAUUGUGCGACGGAGUUCAGUAUUUUCUGCUUUUUACCUUCAUGCCUUUUUGUUAUGCUUGCCGACGAAGGUGUCUGACGCAUCGGGGCACUUCGAGCUGGAAAUCGUAUCGAUGCAGAAUGCGAACGGCGAGCUGCAGAACGGCUUGUGCUGCGACGGCGAGAGGAACCCGGCGGAUCGCAAAUGCACGCGGGACGAAUGUGAUACAUAUUUUAAAGUUUGUCUGAAGGAAUAUCAAUCGCGAGUUUCCGCGGCUGGGGCUUGCAGUUUCGGAACUGGAUCUACGGCCGUUCUCGGUGGGAAUAAAUUUUCGACCAAGGGAACGCGGAGUGGAAAGUCAAGGAUUGUUUUACCCUUCAGUUUUGCGUGGCCGAGGUCCUACACGUUGAUAGUGGAGGCCUUGGACUUCAAUAACGAGACCACCAGUGAAAGUGGAAAGCUCAUCGAGAAAGCGUACCACUCUGGCAUGAUCAACCCAAAUCGACAGUGGCAGAGGCUGACCCACAACGGCCCCAUCGCCCAGUUUGAGUAUCAGAUCCGGGUCACCUGCGAUGAACACUACUACGGCUUUGGCUGCAACAAGUUCUGCCGGCCACGUGACGAAUUCUUUGGACAUUACACCUGUGAUCAGAAUGGCAAUAAGACCUGCCUGGAAGGAUGGACGGCUCCUGACUGCAAUACGGCGAUCUGCAGACAAGGUUGCAGCACCGAACAUGGAUCUUGUAAGCAACCAGGUGGCUGCAAGUGUCUGUAUGGCUGGCAGGGUCCGUACUGUGAUAAGUGCAUCCCUCACCCGGGCUGUGUACACGGAACCUGCGUUGAACCCUGGCAGUGCCUCUGUGACACUAACUGGGGUGGACAACUCUGUGACAAAGAUUUAAACUACUGUGGAACUCACCAGCCAUGUCUGAAUGGAGGAACGUGCAGCAAUACAGGGCCUGACAAGUACCAGUGCUCUUGUGAAGACGGCUACUCCGGGGUCAACUGUGAACGAGCUGAACAUGCCUGUCUGUCCAACCCUUGUGCGAAUGGAGGGACGUGCAAGGAGACCAGUCAGGGUUACGAGUGUCACUGUGCAGCCGGCUGGAGCGGCCCAUCGUGCAAAAUCAAUGUGGACGAUUGUACACCCAACCCAUGCAAACACGGAGGUACCUGUCAGGAUUUGGUUAAUGGCUUCAAAUGUACCUGCCCUCCUCACUGGACCGGCAAAAUGUGUCUGAUUGAUGCCAAUGAAUGUGAGGACAAGCCAUGUGUGAAUGCCAAGUCAUGCCACAAUCUGAUUGGUGGAUAUUUCUGCGAGUGUCUCACUGGCUGGAUGGGUCAGAAUUGUGAUACAAACAUAAAUGACUGCCAGGGUCAAUGUCUGAAUGGAGGAACUUGCAAGGUAGGAGAUCUUCUGAUCUUUUACUAUCAAUGCACACUACUGUUCAGAACCUUGCAUGAAUGGGGCUGGCAUGUAAAGUGGCCAAGUACAUGCGAGUGUCAGGAAGGAUUCAGAGGCACCUACUGCCAUGAGAAUAUAAACGACUGUGAGAGUAACCCAUGUCGCAAUGGCGGUACUUGCAUCGAUAAGGUGAACGUUUAUCAGUGCAUUUGUGCUGACGGCUGGGAAGGAGUUCACUGCGAAAUCAACAUAGAUGACUGCAGCUUGAACCCCUGCCUGAACAAGGGAGCAUGUCAAGACCUGGUGAACGAUUUCUACUGUGAAUGCAGAAAUGGCUGGAAGGGAAAAACAUGCCACUCCCGUGAUAGCCAAUGUGACGAAGCUACAUGCAACAAUGGUGGUACAUGCCAUGAUGAAGGGGACAUCUUCAAAUGCAGGUGCUCACCUGGCUGGGAAGGAGCCACGUGUAACAUAGCCAAGAACAGCAGCUGUCUGCCCAACCCAUGUGAGAACGGAGGCACCUGUGUGGUCAACGGCGACUCAUUCACCUGCGUCUGCAAGGAAGGCUGGGAAGGAUCCACCUGCACCGAGAAUACCAACGACUGCAACCCACACCCAUGCUACAACAGCGGGACGUGUGUGGAUGGUGAAAACUGGUACCGUUGUGAGUGCGCUCUGGGGUUUGCAGGGCCAGACUGCCGCAUAAAUAUAAAUGAGUGUCAGUCUUCUCCAUGUGCAAUUGGCUCUACCUGCGUAGAUGAAAUCAAUGGUUAUCGCUGCCAAUGUCCACCUGGAAGAACAGGACUAGAGUGUCAAGAAGUCAUUGGGAGACCCUGUAUUGCUAAUGGACAAGUAGCUGCUGAUGGUGCUAAAUGGGAGGAAGACUGCAACGCUUGCCAGUGUCAAAAUGGAAAGAUUCAUUGCACCAUGAUGUGGUGUGGACCAAAAUCAUGUCGGGCAGGAAAGGCCAGAAGUGGGUGUCCUGCUGGCCAAUCCUGUGUUCCCAUCAAGGAAGAGCACUGCUUUGUCAAACCCUGUCCUAGUCUCGGAGAAUGUUGGCCCCCUGCGCCCCCUUCACCCUCCAAAUGCCACGCCAGCUUCUCUUACCAGGACGACAGCUGUGCCAACAUCACGUUCACCUUUAACAAGGAGAACAUGCCUCAAGGCUUGAGUGUGGAACAUGUUUGUAAUGAGCUGAGGCACUGGUACCUGCUUAAGAACCUCACAGCAGAGUAUGCUGUGUCCAUCACCUGUGAGCUAUCUUCAUCAGCCAGCAACGAGAUUCACGUCAGCAUUUCCACAGAAGAGCCCAGGUCGGAGAGGAGUCCCAUUAAAGACAUUACGGUUCAAAUAUUUGACUUGGUGAGCAAGCACAAUGGUAACAGCACCAUCAUCAAAGCCAUCACCGGCGUACGAGUUCACCAGACACCAAGCCCCAAAAUUGACUACUUGGUUCCUCUGCUCAGCUCCAUCUUCAUCGUGCUCUGGAUCCUUGCCCUGGCCUCGGCCUUCCUGUGGUGUAUUCACCGCCGGCGGAAACAGAACACACACAGCAACACAACUACCUCAGCUACAGAGGACAAUACCACCAAUAACGUGCGUGAGCAGCUCAACCAAAUCAAAAACCCCAUCGAGAAACAUGCGACCCACGGCGUGGCCAUAAAAGACUAUGAGGGGAAGAACACCAUCAUUGCCAAAAUUAGGACGCAUAACUCUGAGGUGGAGGAAGAGGAGAUGGACAAACACCUGCAGAAAGCGCGCUUCACCAAACAGCCGGCCUACACGCUGGUGGAGUGUGAGGAGCGUGCGCCCAACAAAAACCCAAACUGGACUAACAAACAGGACAACAGAGACUUGGAGACGGCACAGAGCUUAAACAGGAUGGAGUAUAUCGUAUAGCAGGCAGCUGUGUUGCCGUGCGACCGAACCCCUGUUGCACUUACCGGUCAUUUGACAGGGUCUCGGGGGGUCAUUCGGGGGGUUGUGCUUCUUAAAACUGUUGCGUCGUGUUCUGGACUCCAAGGCUGUUAUUUGCCUAGAAUCCUGUGUUAAUUUAAGUUUUGACACGCUGGCUUCACACUGGCAAUUGUAAUAGUUGCUGUGGAUGGCUGGAAAACCAAAAUGCUGCGUUUCGCAUCCAGUGUUUUCCUUCGAAAAAGAAAAAAAAAAAGUAAAAAAAAAAAAAGUACACCUUUCAAAUGUCUUUAUUUUUGUGGAUACGUUUGAGUAUCUCUGAAAAUUUUGCAUAGUGUUUGCAAAUAGUUUUAAGUGUUAUUUUCGUUCAUAAUGACAAUGCUCUCACAGCUAAAGUAGUUGUUUCUUCCUUAUCCAGCAGCUGUGUGGAAACUCUCUUGUUGGUUUUACUUCUAGUUCUGAAUUGAAACUGCCUUCACAGCUACGCACCACAGCAAUUGUCAGAAAUGAGUAUGAAAAAAGAAAAAAUAUAUAUUUAUUAUUUUUCUUUUCUUGGGGUGGGAUAGGUCGAUCAGCUUUCUGCUGCCAAUAUGAAGAAUUGUGUCAAUUUAGUGUAGAUAUGUAUAUAUUUUUUAAUUAAUCACUGUGUAUAUUUGAUUUAUUAACUUAAUAAUCAAGAGCCUUAAAAUAUCAUUAAUUUUUAUUUAUAUGUCCUGUCUAGUUUUGAAGGUUUUGAUAGCUUUGUUCAGACGACAUUUGUUUCAUGUUUCACAUACCAAAAUUUCAAAGAGAAAAAGCAGUCUAUGUUUAAAAAAAACAAGAUGGGCAUUUGUGUGCCUAAGAUUUUUUUCUUUCUUUCUUUUUAUACAUUGUCAGAUAUUUCAAUAUUUGAAACUUCUAAUGCAUGUAUUUUGGCAACUCUUACCUGCUCAAUGCAGGUAAUGUCAACAUCAUGGCUGCUUUUUGUUUUGAUACCUGGUGGCAGACACAUUGCUUGCCACAGAUGAAAAAGAAAAAAAUAAAUCAUUAAAAAACCUCAAAUAAAAGGGAACACGAGUCUUUUAGUUGAUUGAUGGUAAACCUGAUUCACACAAAUAAUUUAUCUUCAGCUUCGGUUUGCAGUAUGUCAUAAGCUAGGCUGUGAAUACUUGAACAGUAGGGGGCCAACGGAAACACUGUAGAUGACUGCCUUGCUUUCAGGAGUCCAUUUCUAUUGCUGUGCACAUGUAGUGUUCUUUUAGUUUCUCUUUUAUAUCGAGGCUCUCUAAAACACCAAACCGACAUGCUUAUCACAUUUGUAAAUUCUAUGAGAUCAUGGCAAUGUUCAAUGUUCAUAUUUGACCUUAUUGUAAAUUAGUUUUUUAGUUUGUUCCUGGCGAUAUUUUUGAAUGUUAUAUUUAUUAAACAUUUUGUAUAAAAGGAAAAUUAAA